CCCGUACACUACGUCGGAUCCUCCACCCACAUCCGCCAGGCCACGACCCGGGUUCACGGUUGGGACCCACACAAUACACCCAACCUUCAUUUCCACGCCUUCCCCCUGCCGCCGCAAUUCGAAUCACAUCAGCCGCCGGCUCUAGCCACCGCCGCCUCCACCAAAUUCCCCUCCCAUCUGUUCCCGGUGUUCGAGGCGACAGAACAGCAUCUCCGGCAGCCCAUCGCUGAUCUAGUCAGUGACAUCGCCGCCGCCAAAAAACGAGUGGCUGUCAUCGCCGACGAGCUUAUGGGUUGGGUGGUACCUUC